AUAUAUCCACAUGUUUUGUCGCCAUAAUGAAACAACACAUUAGUUCCCGAACAUUCCCGAUUCAAAUCAAUCAAACAAAUUCCCCAGAUAUUUUCUUCCUCCACGUUCCAUUUUCUUUAUAUAUAUUUCAUGUUCAAUCCUUUUCAUGUUUGGAUUAACACCAUCAUCGGUUUUAAGUUUUCAGCACUCGUUCUUAAAUAUCUGGUUGUUUUUCUGUUGGGAAAAAAAAGUUGAGUCGGUGAUGAUGGAGGGUGAACCUGCUUUACCUUCUUAUUAUAAUGUUCUGGGGGUCAAGGUUGAUGCUUCUAUUCAAGAUAUCAAGCGUGCUUAUCGAAAGCUUGCAAUGUUGUAUAAGAAGUUUGAAGAACCUCAACUUAUGGUUUGUUUGUUCUGUGAAUGUGAGGAGCAGCAAUGGCAUCCAGAUAGGUGGACGAGAACACCCUCUCUAUUGAGUGAAGCUAAGCAUAAAUUCCAGCAAAUUCAAGAAGCCUAUUCGGUUUUAUCAGACCAGAGGAAGAGAACUCUGUACGAUGCUGGGUUAUAUGAUCCUGAAGAUGAAGAGGAUGAGGGUUUUUCUGAUUUUAUGGCGGAAAUGAUCUCUCUCAUGUCUCAAACGAGGAAAGAGGAGAAAGUUUGCAGCCUGGAGGAGUUGCAGAAAAUGCUAUGGGAUAUGGCACGAGGAUUUGAAUCACCGUCAUGGUUCUGUGGGCCGAUUGAAGAGGGUGGGAGCUCAAAGAGGACAAAAUGGGAUUCAAGUGGAAUGAGUGAUAGACCCGGAGGGUUGGGUGUAACAGGGUUCAAUAUGUAUGAAACUAGGAGUUAUUGAAACAUAAUCAUUGUAUUGAUCUUGAAAGCCAUUGGAGCUUCUAGAACGUUUGGAAACACAACCCUGAAUGAAUGGGGAUGGGAUGCUCACACUUGUUGGAUAUUAGUGAGGGAUGUGCUAGUAUUUUUGGGAUUUGGAUCUUCAGUUUCGGCAUGGCAAGAUCAGAUUGCUUAGGCAUCUAGCACUCUUCAUCUUUGGUGCAAUUUCAUUAAUUGUAGUUUAACCAAAUGAGAAUGGGAAGCCUUUUUUUUCUUAAUCUUCCGAAAUUGGUUUUUUGAGAAAAAUCGUUAUUUGUAGAUUGUAGUUAAAAAAGUGCUUCUCCAUGGUUGUAUGAGGAGGUGUGCAAGGUUUUAGGCAUUGGAACUUGGAUGUGGUAUUAUCUUAAAUCUAUUAUGGACAUUCAUAAUUUUAAGAA